AUGGCAGGAUCAAAUGAGACAAUACAAGCUUUAGAAACCAUUCAUAGACUAAGAACUCAAAUAGAGAAUGAAUCCGACUUUACAAGUGAAGAAAAAACCGAUAAUAAACUAGAAUCAUCAAUUCAAAAACUUACUCAAAAAGGACAAUUAGGUUCUACCAUUCUUGUUA